UUAAUUAUUCCCACAAAACAAAAUCACCCCCAAAAAAGUGAUUUUUCCGAAGUCUGAUUGCAGCCAUUUCUCAAGUGGCAAGCCCUUCUGCUUUCAUAUGAAAGCUCAAAGACCCAGGGAGUUGAUCCUGGCAACGAUUUACACAAUCUCACCAUUUUGGGGGCCAAGCAAUCUCCUUUUUCAAAAGAUACGGUGGGGGUCACUUUUAAUGCUUAUGAGCUGGUCAAAAAUUCUCACUUGAAUUAGUGGUCUGUACCCUUAGGGGAAUUUGGUUGGGGCGAAGUGGUCAGGGGCGCGUGCCAGGAAAUCGGGCGAAAUGACCAUUACACGUGCGUGCCGAGUUUGACUUUGCAGACAUUAUAUGGAACACCAAAUUAACAAUAAAAUGUAAUCGCCGAAUCAGUGACGCACUUAUGCUAUCAGUGAUGCAUUUUAAUGAUUGACAACUUUUCAUUGGUCAAGAUCUUGUCAACGGAUAAUUUUCCCGCGGCAAUCGUUGAUGAAGCGUCAAUCGACCAUGAAGCACGUAUCAACAUUUUACUCUCUGUAACAAAUAAGAAUAAAAUAGCUGAACAUGAAGCUUGUUCUCAAACAAACACCCCAUCCCCGAUAGAGCCUGAAAGUAGCCCCCUGAUGGUGAGCUUCCUGAACCAUUGGAUAGGAUAAAGAAUGUGUAAAAAAAAAUAGAAUUAGUAACAUUUCUUCAUUCAGUUCCUUUUUAAAAUCUCAAAUUAUAAAACAGCCCUUUCGUACAAUAUUUGGUAACAUAUUAAUUUAGAGAAACUGAAAAAUUACCUCACUUAAAAUAGAAAUAUUCUGCCAAAAAUGACUUAUCACUUCCGAAAAUAUAAAAUACAGGAACAGUCAAAUGCAGUGGUUUCGUAGGCAGAUGAACAGUUAUGGAAUUAUACUUUAUGGUUUUCUUUUGGUAAUCGCCAAAAUAAAAUCAGACCAAAAUAUUUUGACGAAUUUGUAAUUUAUAAGGAAAUAAACUUAACACAGUAUUCCGCUUUUUUAAUGUUUAGCGUCAACGAUUCUGUGGUUGCAUAAAAUGCGUCUUAGGCGUUCCAUAUCAUUUGAGGUGCUGAGUUUGACAUGUUCCGACUGCAGCCUGUUGGUGGCCUCUUUAGGUCAACUCUCUUCCGUGGCUUAGGCAAUUAAAAUUCUAAAAUAAGAUAUAAGAACUUUAAAAAAGCAAAAGAGACUCAUUUUUUAAUGAUAUACAGAAAAUGCAUGUUAGAGAACUAAGAUAAAAAUAUUUGAGACAGCUUCUUUUGAUGCGCACGAGCCUAAGGUGAAAAUCGCGCAUUAAUAAUGCACAUGCGCGAAAUAACGACAUGUACAUACAUGGAGUAGAAUUUGUGAUGAUGAGGAAGUGACACGAUAAGAGAUCAUUUGAACGGCUUCAUUGCUCUACUUUUGAGCAACAUUGAAGGAUACGCUGUUUGAAGACUGCCUUUCAGUUCAGUGACUGCUGACUUGCAUGACUUGUAGGCUUGCCAUGUUUGCAGGGAUCCGGAUGAAUGGACUGGCGGAGGAGGGGCAGGACCUGCUGCUGGCAGCCCUGUCAGAGAGUGGGCUAGCAUUCGACGAAUUCCCUGGUGCUGACCCCAAUGAGCAGAAUGACUUUGAUCUCAGCCUCUUGGGACCACCUGAUCCUGUCGAAACUGAGCAAUACCCCACAGGAUUCCAGACUAAUGUGACAGACCCUCUGCUGGAGAUGCUACAACAGCAGCAGCAAGAACUCCCACCACAGCAGCAACAGCUCCAGCCUCGGAUGCAACAGCAACAACUACAGCACGUCCAGCAGCAGCCAGCGUUGGUUUCUGCUCCAACUCUGCCACAGAUGCAGAAUUUGGGGAACGUGGUUGCUAAGCUCACAACUUCCUCUGAUACCAACUCGGGCACUGUCUACGUCAUGGACAAGAAUCGCUCCAUGACACCUGCGGCUCCCCAGAGCCCCUCCCCCGUCCCAUCCUACGACAUCAAGCCGGAUUUCUUCCGGACCAUUGCCACACCCGGACCACCCCGGCCCUCACCGGCAACAACUGCCAUUGGGACGUACCAGAAGCCUGUUGGGCUGUCCCGCAUCAAGACUGCGCCGGCCGGUCUCAGCGCCUUGCUAGACAGCAUACCCAGCACCAGCAGCCACCCUUUGGGUUUCAUAGGGCAAGGGAGUGCAAAGCCACUGGGGAACAGCCCUGCAGCGGCAGCAACCCCAGCCAACAAAGGGCUCUCACAAAAGGACGUCUCACGACUGUGGUCAAAUGAUGACAUCAAGUUAAAGCAUGUGACAGUGAAAGUUCAAAAACAAGAUGAGGAGGAUAUAGAUGAGGACGAAGAGGAGAACAUGGGACAUGCUGAAACUUACGCCAACUAUAGGCCUUCCAAACUGAAGAUUGGUCUACCCCACCCCGACCCCGUGGUAGAGACCAGCUCCAUGGCCAGCGUGCAGCCCCCAAACAUCUUCUAUCGCCUGAGCAUUCCUGAGGAGGUUAUCGACCGGAAGCAGUUGUCUGCCCUCCAGUUGGAGUCCGUCACUUACGCCUGCCAGCAGCAUGAGACCCUGCUGCUGAGUGGAGAGCGGGCCGGCUAUCUCAUCGGUGAUGGUGCUGGUGUUGGCAAAGGUAGAACUAUAGCAGGUAUCAUCUACGAGAACUACCUGCAGGGUCGGAAGCGCUCCAUUUGGUUCAGUGUGUCCAACGAUCUCAAAUUUGAUGCCGAAAGAGACCUGAGGGACAUCAGUGCAAGGAUUCUGGUCCAUUCCCUCAACAAAUUCAAGUAUGAUAAGAUCAGUUCCCAGGCCAACGGCCACGUCAAGAAGGGUGUCAUCUUCUCCACCUAUUCCUCUCUGAUCGGCGAGAGCCAGGGCAACUACAAGUACCACACUCGACUCAAGCAGCUGCUGAACUGGUGUGGCAAGGACUUUGACGGAGUCAUCAUCUUUGACGAGUGCCACAAAGCCAAGAAUCUGGUCCCGGUAGGUUCAGCCAAGCCGACCAAAACUGGCCUGACCGUGCUGGAGCUGCAGAAACAACUACCCAAGGCCAGGGUGGUGUACUGCAGUGCAACAGGGGCAUCUGAACCUAGGAAUAUGGCCUACAUGUCGCGCCUUGGUAUCUGGGGCAAAGGCACACCCUUCCCGGAUUUCCAGGCCUUCAUUCAAGCUGUGGAGAGGAGGGGUGUUGGUGCCAUGGAGAUAGUUGCCAUGGAUAUGAAGCUGCGAGGUAUGUAUAUUGCCCGGCAGCUGAGCUUCCAAGGUGUGACGUUCAACAUCAACGAAGUCCCACUUUCCGAGGAGUUUAAGAAAAUCUACAAUAGAGCUGUCAGCCUGUGGUUGGCUGCCCGGGAGAAGUUUACCCAAGCCGCUGACCUGAUCGGUGCCGAGAAGCGAAUGCGCAAGUCCAUGUGGGGCCAGUUCUGGUCAGCCCAUCAGCGCUUCUUCAAGUACCUCUGCAUCGCCGCCAAGGUCCAGCACGCAGUCCGGCUGGCCAGAGAGGCUGUCAAGAUCGGCAAGUGUGUGGUGAUUGGUUUGCAAUCCACUGGUGAGGCUCGAACCUUGGAUGCCUUAGAGGAAGCCGGAGGAGAGCUCAAUGACUUUGUGUCAACCGCAAAGAGUGUGUUCAUGACCUUGAUUGAGAAGCACUUCCCCGCUCCCAAUCGCAAGAAGACAGCAAACCUGUUUGGUCUCAACAGUAAUAGUGGAGCCAGCAGCCCAGCCUUGAGCGAAAGCAACAGAGGCAUCAAAAGAAAGAGAGACAAACUGAGCAACGGCCUGUCCUCCAAGCAGCCCAAGCACUGGUGGGAGGACAACAGCCUGGAGAACAGCCCUGUCAACAGCAACGGCAACGAGGCAUCAGGCGACAGCGAUGAGAGCGUCAUCAUGUUGUCAUCGAGCGAGAGCGAAGACGAUGAGCAAGAGACGUCCUCCAAGGCAUCCUCCAAUGACGAGGACGACUUCAAUCCAUUUGGGGACAAUUCUGACGAUGAUCCCUGGCUGACUCGCAAGCCCAAAGCAGAGAAGACCAAGACGAAGAAGAAGAAGAAGAAGCCGGAAAAAAGGAAGGAGAAGGCCCCGUCUUUCUACCCAACCUUGCCCAGCCUGGAGGGACAGAUGAACAGCGCCCUCUAUGCUGCCGGCAUCCUGACCAAGACCAAACUGCCAGACAUCAUGAGCAGCAUGUCUCCAAUACCCGCAGCGACCAACUCCAUGCUCCUGCCAGGCAUGGACGCCUAUGAGAGAGCCAUCCUGAUGAAGCAGGAACUGUUGGACAUGUGUGAAGACCUAGGUCCCUGCCUGCCCAACAACACCCUGGAUGAGCUGAUUGACGAGCUGGGCGGACCUGAGAACGUAGCUGAGAUGACAGGUCGUAAAGGUCGUGUUGUGAGCAAUGAUGAUGGCUACGUGCGAUACGAAUCUCGAAGCGAGUAUGACAUUCCACUGGAAACCCUGAACCUGACAGAGAAGCAGAGAUUUAUGAACGGCGAUAAGCAAAUCGCCAUCAUCUCGGAGGCAGCCAGUUCAGGAAUCUCCCUGCAGGCAGACAAGCGGGUUGCCAACCAGCGACGCAGGGUCCACAUCACCCUGGAGCUUCCAUGGAGUGCAGAUCGGGCCAUUCAGCAAUUUGGGCGGACACAUCGAUCGAACCAAGUGCACGCCCCCGAGUACAUCUUCCUCAUUUCGGAGCUGGCUGGAGAGAGACGAUUUGCGUCCAUCGUCGCCAAGAGAUUAGAAAGCAUGGGUGCCUUAACACACGGAGACAGGCGAGCAACGGAAACCAGGGAUCUCAGUAUGUUCAACAUUGAUAAUAAGUAUGGCAGGGCAGCUCUGGAGUCCGUUAUGAAGUCAGUCGUUGACUUGCAGCAUGCAAUGGUUCCACCUCCUGCAGACUACAAGGGAAACUUCCUCAGAGAUGCAAGAGAGGCACUCAUUGGUGUAGGAAUGGUGGUCAGCGACGAUAAAUACAAUGUUCCAGUACUUGAUAAAGAUUCCAGCAACAUGUCCAAGUUCUUGAACCGCAUCCUGGGCAUGGAGGUGGAGAUGCAGAACCAGCUCUUUGCCUACUUCACUGCCACCCUGGAUGCCAUCGUCCAGCAAGCCAAGAGAGACGGCAAAUAUGACAUGGGGAUCCUGGACAUUGGAUCAAUGGCCCAAGGUCAAAAGGUCAGGAAGCUUCAGACGCAGACGUUUGUGCGAGAGUUCUCAACAGGCACAGUGCACACAGAACUACACAAGGUAAGCCAGGAGAGAGGACUGUCAUGGGACAAUGCGUUGGACAUGUGGAGCGCCCUCACCAAGGCAGAGGAAGGAUUCUACAUCUCAUCACAGCCAACCAACAACAGGCGGACGGCAGUGCUGGUCAAGUACGGCACGACCACUAACGCCAUCAAGAAGAAGUUGUGUCACGUGUACAAGCCCAACAUCGGCUUGCAGGGGAAGAUGGAGAGCUUGUCAGACUUGAGUAAGAAGUAUCACAAGGUACUACCAGAUGGAGCCCAGGUGGCCUGGGAAGCCCAGUACAGUGCCGCCGAGAUCCUCUGCAGUCAUGCUUACUGGCGAGACAGCUGCAAGAAGGUCUUAGUUGGACUGCCCUGUGAGAUCGGUCUGCGACGCCGCAACUACUAUAUCCUGGCCGGCUCGGUGCUGAGCGUGUGGGACCGCGUGGAGAAGAUCUUGGCCACGCAGCCAGGACCCGCCUCCAAGAUGCAGAUACUCCGCCUCCAGACUGACGACGGUUCCAAGAUUGUCGGUAUCAUGAUACCCAGCAACUGCAUUGUAGCUGUGCGCAAUUCAUUGCUAGAGGGUGCCCACACCUACGUGGACAACUUCGAAGACAAUGAAAUAAUCACACUGGACUAAACUACAGUUAUUGAGGCUGGACUGAACCACAGAUUCUCGUCUUUGCGGUUAACAGUCUGACACCUUGCUGCUAUCCUCAAGGGAGACGGCCAUGCCCAUGGUCAUUGUAGAGCUGGCCUCCCAGUACCAGCUCCGUGACUUUGUGAGGACAUUUCUUCAGACAAAAUAAUGAAACCCAUCCCAGGAGAGGACUAAAAUGAACCUGAUGUUCACGCACCUUACUAAGGCCCUGAGAUGAUGACGUCACGUCACAGUACUAGAGAUUGUUACCUGAAACUGGCUGUCCGUUUGUUUUAAGGCAGGUUCACACUUCAAGCAAACGCGAAUGCACAGAAAAUUUCAACCACAAAACGUUUGUUUCUAAAUUAACUUGAGUUGAAAUUUAUGCAGCUUUUGUGAAUUGGAGGAAAGAGUAUUUGAUAUGACGUCUCAGUUCCGCAUUUGUGUUCACUUUCCAUAUGCCCACUAUGAACAGUCCUUUUCCUUGUACCCGCGGUGAUCUUCAGUUCAUAGUAGUGUUGCAGUAGAGACUAUCACAAGACCAUUCAUGAGACCAGACACACGACCAUGCACAAAAUUAUUUCACAAGACCAGUCACAAGUAACAGGGUACAGAAUGACAAAGGAAUGCUUUUGUUGCAGUUCAUUAGAAUAGCUUGUGACUUGAAGUCAGACUGAAGGGAUUGUAGGGUCUUGUUGGGUCUUGUGAUGGUUUUAAUACAACUCUGGGUUGUAGUCCCCCAAACCCCCUGGUGAUUUUCACUGAACAAGUCACACAAUCACGAUCAGUCUGACUUCAGUGGAAGCCAGCAAGUCACCUGCCCUGAACCUUGUCAUCAUGCCAGUGGAUAUAACAGGCCGGUUCCCAUCUGUUCCCCUCUAGUCAUCAUUGCACACAGGCCAUCACAAGACAGCACCAGUCUGCUCAGACCAGAUUCGGGGAGCAGAGCCAAAGUGUGUCACAGUAGAUAGAGCCACAUGUUGAGAUGCCUACUCUUCUCUAGCCAGCUGCCAGCUGGUUACAAGUGACUUCUUCCUUUUUGUCCCAAUUUUUUGUUUGAUUUCUGUCUUGUUUAGCGGGACUGAUGAAACAUGCCUUCUCUGGUUGUUAGGCAUGGUUUUAAGAGGUUGAAUUUCCUCCAAUUAUGUAUUCGGGAAGAGGCAAUCAUAACUUCAAUACUUUAUGUUAGCUAGUGGCACCCAAAAACUGUGUACCAACCUGUGUCAUCAGAAACCAACAACUCGAGUAUAUUUGAGGGAUGGUUUCUCUUCGGAAUUGAAAUUGGCAAGCUUGCCAAGCCAAAGACUUCUGUUGUAACACCCAGAAGGUUGGCCAUUCAGAUUGCCCUUUAAAUAAGUUGUGAUGUUGUUCUGUUGUCAUGUUAAAACAUACUUAAUUUGUUAACCAUGAAAAGAUUUGAGAGCAGCUUUGAAAAUAUACAUUCCCCAAAAACCAGUGUUAUUGUUGCCUCAUUGAUCCCUGUUAACCGUAGUCUUAGGAUGUUCACAGAAGCAAAACAUAGCAGUGAACCACUGAUAGCCAAGCCAAUUUUUGGGCUGUUUAAAGCCCAUACGCCCUUAGCAGGAGUACCCCCUUCAUUCAUUGAAACAAGCCAUUUGAAAUCUUGCAGUCUCCUCUCCCAGACUGGAUUGACCUGAAAUAUAUCCAGUGGAAAAGACGGGAGGAUCCCUCUCAAAUGUAAGUUGAACUAGAAGAGGGAUGUUGUCCAGUUUGGGGUACCUUCAUUGAUUAAGGAGAUCAACUGUAGAUGGUGCAUUACUUCAGAACUUGCCUUGUAGAAUGUAAAUCUAAAGAACCUAUUUGAAAAGAGUGUUAUCUUCCUUUGUGUAUGUUAAACAAAAGGCAUGAAUAUUAUUAUUUAUUCAUUUAUACGUUGUAAAUUGGCUUAUUUUAUCUGAAGCAUUUAUAACUGCAUUCUUUUUCAGUUGAUUGAGUUUGAUUUACUGUCUUGGAUAUUUAGUAUGUGUGUGUAGCUCUGUUCAGUUUCUUUUCCAUUUUCAUUUUGUUUGUUUGCUGACAAAAAUCCUAAAACAAAACUAAAAAAAAAAGAAAAAAACAACUGCUGUUGGAUGGAAUCCUUGAAUGAAACUGAGUUGGUGUUUUCUUCAUUUAUUACUGAAAGCAGCAUAGCAUCCAUCCGUACCGAAUUCUCAGAUUAUCACAGUGUAGGAGAAACAUUAAACAUGUAAUUAAAUUCCUAACUUUCAUGGCUUUUUCUCUUUCUUGCAGUUCCAAAAAGUAAUCUUUUAUGACCUGAUUCCCAAACGUAAAUAUGUAAAUACAUAUAUUUUUCUUGAACAAAUCAAUGCAACAAAAUAGGGAUUACUUUAUACCUGUAUGCAUAUUAAUGUGGUAGUUCUAAGAAUUCUUAAAAGAGGGAUCCCUGUAACUACGAGGUAGAUUUGUCACUAAAUAUCAGUUCUUGAGAUUUCAUCAUCAGCAACCAGUAAAGAACGCUCAUUUGAAAGAGUCGAUUUUCCUGAGAUGACCUCCUAGACCUGUCUCCAUUCAGUCAUUUUUCAGGGGAAAUACAUGUACAUGUAUUCUUAUUUUUCAGAGACAUGAUAUGAAUAGACAGUUCCCUUACUUGGAUCUUCGGUAUGAAAAUACUGUGCAGUGUUCCACAAUUUUUACUGCUGGGGUGAUUUCGUGGAAUUGCAAAAGUGUGUAGCAGGAAAUGUGAUUUUGUAAAAGGUAUGCUUUUUAAGAUAGUGAGAAGGAAACUUGGGUGAUUAGACAGCACUGGAAAAGUUGCUUUGAAGUUGUAUCCGUGGAACGUGUUUGGUUUUAAAGUUCAACACAGAAUGAAUAUCUUUGGAAUAUUGCUGUAGCAUUGAGACUGCUGGAUGGAACCUUCUGUCAAAGAUCUUCACAAUAGUGAAAGGUCAACAGCUAAGGACAACUGUUGACUUUGGGUAACCUUUAAUGAGAGAAGACAUAUUUUAAGUAGUAUUAGUAAAAAAAAACACUGAAAACUGUUGCACAUUUUCAAAAAUUUGUUUUGUCUGUUUCUCCAUUUCAUUGGUUAAACAUGUUUUAGCGACUUUAUCAAGUCAAAGGCUAUGUCCUACAUUACACAGGAUCACCACUUAAAAGAAUCAAGGACCUGUCUGAUUUUUUUCCUUGCCAGUGGUCACUAUGAUAUGCCAAGAUUAAAGAUGGACGAUUCACAAAAGAUGGA